AGCCCCCCUUCAUAUCAUGUUUGCUCGCUACCGCCCUCCUCCGCGUCAUCACUACCCUCAUCAUCGACGGUUCGCCUCCUCCAUGCCCAUUCAUCGAGCCCUUCGUAGACAGCCUGUGCUUGAGUGGGAUAGCCUCUUACGUCAAUACAUCGAUAGUGGUCAGUGGCACCACACACUCCGACUGGCUAACACCCUUUAUAACCAUCGGGACAUCUAUCGUGCACCGGAAUGGGUGUGGAAACACAUAGGCCGUCGAGUCGUUGAGGAGGAGAACACCUUCACACCAUCAGAGAGGCUCACCAUAGUUAGGGAUAUGAUGGAAGCUGGCAAUGCUACUAUGGUCCUAUGUGAUCCCCGACUGCCCUCUAAGGUGACCCAAGGAGUAGGUAGCCUACCUGCUGAGCAAAUGAGAAAUCUUAUACUGUAUCUAUCAUGUUAUGGCUACGUUGAGGAGCUAGGGCGAGCUGUUGGACAGAUGAGGUUGGAGGACCUCAAAGGAGACUCCCUUAGGUUGAUAGCCCUCCAUGCUCCUGAGGCAUUCCCUUAUGUAGCCUCUGGACUGUAUGCAGCAGCGUGGCGUAGAUACCAGAUGCAAGACCCCAAUAGGACCCAUGGUCUCGUCCUCAUGUCGACUACCGAGCUCUGUGGUGUGGCUCGAAUGCUUCUACGAGUGGCUGUUGUCGUCGGUGCUGUAGAAGGACAGGGACUUCAGAAGACCCUUCAACGGCUCGGAGACCGCCUCUACCAACGUAUGUGUGAUGGGAAGGUAUCGAAGUCCAUGGUUGUUGAUAUACUCGAGACUUUUAGCGGUACCUGGCCAGCCCCGAUCCAUGAGAAGGUCCUCCAACUAGGAUAUGCUCUCCUACUGGACAAUCAUGCCCAUACAGCGAUAGAUGAUUCGGAGUGUGCAAGAGUGCUACAGGUCGCAGCCAAUGCUGAGUACGGCAACAUGGCACUGAAUCGUAUUCUCACAAUGAGGUUAUCAUCUAUCUCGGGGACGGCAGAGGAGAAGGAAGAACACUCGAGUAAUGAUAACGACGAUGAUGAUGACACACGUUCGACGAUCCGUACUUUCCACAGCAUCGCCGAGAACUAUGAUGAGGUAGAGCCUUCCAUGGCUCAUAGGCUCAGCUUCAAAGCUUUGAGCUCGUCGGCUAGUACUGCCGAUGAUGUUGCCCAAAUAGUUGCUUCCCUCGGCAACUUCUCAACUCAGAAUGAAUGCAGCACAGCUCUGAGGUCCUUCUGUGAUCGAGAGCUCACCCUCGGAUGUCUCUGCCAGAUGAACAUGCCUCAGCUCAGUGCUGUCCUUCUGGUUCUAGCUAUGCAGCAUAUGUCCGCCACAGCACCAUGUACAGGGGAAUGCUCCUGUAUGAAGAGCUCUGAUAGAGUCACUGAAUACGACUACGACCCUCGAGCAGUGAGGGUGGUAGAGAAAUUCUAUUCAAGUUAUAAGGUCGGUGCUGCCCGAAAGGGGAAGAUGAUCAGAGCCCCUAUGGUCCCGAAGUUGGUAUGGCAUCAAGACGACAAGCGUUGGCAACAGGGCAACUAUCAGACGCGAGAGUCUGUUGGAGCGGAGCCUUUCAAUGGUGAUGCUCGAGAGCCCCAAAGACGGUGUGGAUGCCACCCGACGGUCGUCUCCAACACCGCCGACAAUGCAGUGGACUCGGCAAUUCGUCGGGUCCUGAGGGUCCUGGCUGUAGGGCAGGUCGUGAUGGCUCGAUCGAUGGGACAACUGGACGUUCUUAGAGACAUGAAGGAGGCUGAGGGAGGCCUCUAUGUUCCCACUGUGUUCGAUGUUCAAAAUCGGCCGACUCCGCUACCAUCCAAGGACGACAUCCUGGAGGUAUACAACCCUCCACGCUUCAUCACGAGGACAGAUCCAGACCUACAGACCGUUAUUGCCACUCGUCCGCGACCACCAAGUAGUAUAGAGCAAUGGAUUUCACCAUCGAUCCUAGCCGAGACCAAGGCUGUUGCAGCAGCAAAUGGAGUUAACUUCCCACCCCCGAGUUGGUCGUCCAACCAGAGGUCUGUCACCCAUCACGUAUCGAGUGACUUGAUAACAGCUUUGAUGAUGUGGAUGAGCUCAGGAGUACAUGGGGGUAUCGAGACUCUGUCUCUCGCAGAGCUACAGGUCAUCAACUGCAUCCUAGCCCUCUGUGAGGUCUUCAUCCAUGGCUCGGACCCUCCCGAGGUCCGCACUGACGGCGUCAAGCAUCCUCGGAAACGAGCCUUCAUCAACUCCGCCAGGCCGGACCGGUCCGAGAAUGAGGACACUUCCGUGUCGUAUGCCUCGUUGGAACAUGAUGAUCAUACGUUUCUGAACUUUCCUUUUCGCGUCAGUCGAGUUGCUCUCACCCACAUUCUGGAUGGUAUGGAUUGCCCAUGGCAAGCCCAGCCUCAUCUCCUCAAAUCGCCAAUUUACGAGGCACAAUCAUGGUCAUGCAACAAGGGUACGAAGCGGGCGCUUCGUGAGGAACUUUUUGGGGUGCCAGUGACGCGGAAGGCGCGUCUCAGGAAGUUGACGAAAGUGCGCCCUAACAAAUCGAUUAUCAAGGCGCGCGCUAAUGUGCGUGCAAGCGCGCCUCGUGAAAUGGACAUUCCAGUCGUUUGA